UACAGUGUCGACCAGGAGAUGGCCUGUGCAAGCGAUGAAUCGAUGCGGUUAAUAGAUAUAUGUAAAGAGCUGGAUAGUCAUGAUGUUGCAUCGUUAAAAUAUUUAUGUCAAGAUGACAUUGACACGAAAAGGUUAGAAAUAAGCCACGAAACAACGGAAAUAUUCCUGCAACUUUCUCAAAAGGAGGCUCUAGUUGAAUAUGUCGGUCAUCGCUUGUAUCUAAUGGAUAGACCUAGCUUAGUAAAAAUGCUUGGGCUAGAUCUAGAAGCAGUGAAGAGUGCCGUUGAAGAUGUCACCACUAGCAAGAUAUCACAAUACAGGAAAGCGCUAUUCAACAUUGCACAAGAUUUGUCAAUGGAAGAUGUUAUGGCAAUGAUACAGAAAUCAAGAGACUGUUUGACGAAUUUUUCCCCCGCAGUUCGUCAAAUAGAAAAGAUAGGGAAAAGCGGGAAAAUAUUUGAAUUCCUUAACAUCAUUCAAGAGAAAAAACAUAUUACAUCAAACAACGUUUCAUUUUUGUACCAAUUAUUAUACGACAUUAACCGGGGAGAUUUGGUACAAUUAUUGGACCCAAUUAAAGGUUAUGAUUUGAAUGGCUUUUACCCUUUUGACCAACGUAACCCAGGAAAAUGUAUAAUAAUCAACAAUUGCAAGUUUGAGAACGAUCUUUUAGAGAGAAAAGGUUCCGACAUUGAUGCUGAUGAACUCUUGAACACUUUUAGACAGUUACAUUACCAAAUAGAGAGACAUGAAGAUCUAACAUCUCAUCAGAUACUCGAAGUUGCUGACACCUUAUCACAGCAAGAUCACAGUAGAUACAGCUCUGUGGUAAUAUGUAUUCUUUCCCAUGGAGGUCUCCGGUCGGUCUAUGGUGUUGAUGGAUUCCCAGUGCCAGUAAGAAAUCUUACUGAAAAGUUUACCGGGUCAAAUUGUAAAAGUUUAGCUGGAAAACCAAAACUGUUCUUUGUGCAAGCUUGUCAAGGAAGCAAGGAGCAAAUUGUUAAACGCAGGGAAGGUACAAGACCGGUAGCAAGAGCCCGAAAUGAUGUCAUACGUGUGGAAACAGACGAAGAUGAAACUGUUGAAGAUGUCAUUCCUGACGAAGGCGAUUUCUUAUUAGCGUUUUCCACAGCGCCAGGGUGUUCUUCAUACAGAGAUCCCGAAAAAGGGUCGUAUUUUAUUCAGACGCUAUGUGAACAAAUACAAAACGAUUGUAUGAGGAACCAUUUGCUCGAUAUACUAACAGAUGUCAAAAAGAGAGUAAGCAAAUUCAAAAUACUCAUUGAAGAAGACCAGACAGUGAAAACUAUACCUUCUCAUUAUUCGACUCUCACACAUAAACUUCAUUUCUUUCCAGAGAAUACACGAUAGAAUGUUUUUCAAGUUGUAAUAUGAUAUAAAAAAAUAAAUACAAGAAUUAACUACACAGACCAUGCGUCUGAAGUGACAAUCUGCAUUUAAAUUAAAAAAAGCCCUCUGAGUCAAAUAUUUGAGCGUAAAGUACGUGAAAGAAUUUAACAAUUAAAAAGACAGUUGAACGAAGAAUAAUAAUUUAUCAUGAAGGAGUUAUAACCUUAACAAUUAACAUUUCAGAAAAUAUUUUAUAAAAGAAGAAAAUUAUAAUUGACCGUAAAAUGCAAGAACGUCAAACUAUUUGCAGUGUUUUGAUAAAAGGUAAAACAAAUUAAUAAAUCCAACAGUCUUCCACACUUAUAUAGUUAUCGUAAAUUUCUUUUUUUCUUGUUAUACAGGGGUUAGCGUUUUGCUCAUAUCCUUUGGAGUUUUGAUGAGAAUAUUAAUACUUCGCAAAUACAUGCACUUGAACUUUUGAUUUUGUCAUUUGAAAAAUUACUUUCUGUUACGAAUUUUCUCGGAGUUGGAUAUUUUUGUUAUUGUACUUUUUACUAACAAUUUAAAAAUUAUUAUUACUAAAAAAAAAUUGUUUUGAUGACUUAAGUGUAAAUUUACGUUUUGCAUGUGUAUGUGUGUAUUGUUGGGGCCUAGUUAAUUUUAUUAUACAAACAUGUUUUUUUUUCUAAUUUAAUAUUUUUUCAUCAUUUUAAUAUGUUGAACUAUCUAUUUUCUAAUUAUUUGUUUCCUUAAUGGGCUUAAUAUCAUUUAACACUUUACCUCUAAAAUUUAUGGAUGUAAUUUUACAUGUAUGACUUUAUUUUAGUUAAUUAAUAUUUCUUUUACAAACAAAGGAUACAGUUUUGAAAUUGUUGUAAUCGUGUAAUAAUACAUGAGUGUACGUUCAACUUCACAUUUCCUUUACACGCCAUUGUAUAUUUGUGUUUACAUUGAAAUUCCAGAUGAAAGACGGCGGCUUAUGUUUUUAGUGAUUUAUCAAAUUAAUUGUCUUGGUGAAAAACUGCUUAUUCUUUAGAAUAUGUACCUCAGAAAUUUUUGCGAUUAUAUUAUUAAGAUGUAUUCUUUCUCGAGUAUAAUUGUUGAAUAUAUCAUAUUAAUCAUUCAUCAAUCAAUGAUAAAUUCCAAACCUGAUAGUAACGAUUUCUAGUUUUUGAAAAUAAAUAAAUAAAUGGUUUACAAAAGAGUCGAAAAAACAAAACGAAACCACAAAUAAAAAAGAAAUGAUAUCAAGAUAUGUAAAACUUGCAUUACUGAUUAAAUUGGUAUUGCCGAUAAUCAUUGACAAUGUAGACGAGAGGUUUGAUUGCGGGUAUACCCAUUUACUACUGGAAUUUAUCUCUCAUAAUCAGUUGCAAUAAUGUCUUAUACAGAUCCAUAUGAAACAAAAUACAAAUUUGCUGUAAAAAUUAGUCAGUGCAUAAGAACAAUGGACGCAUACUAAUAACAAUUGGUUGUGAGUGUUAUGUCCCUUCACUUAAGUUUUACAAAAUCUUUUUUCCAGGUUUGUUUAUUUUAAAUGGUUAGCAAUACAUGACGUCCAUGUGUGUAUUAGUAAAAUGUAUUUGAAUUUUACAACUUUUGAACUUUGAAAGUUUUUUCAGUAUUUGUAAGUUAUUGCCCAAAGAAAAAACAUGAAAUAUGUCGUUUUGCAAAAAAAAAAUAUAUGCAUGUACAUCUUUAUCUUUACAGACGUUUGUCGUGACAAUGAAAUGAGCAUAAUGCCAUGUGUCAUUUAAAUUGACUAAACACUAUUUCUCAUAUGGCUUCAUAUCAACAAUAAUAUCAAUUGAAAUAAUUGUUAAGAAUAUUUUACAGUAUGCAGGUAUAAUUUUAUUCUCUACAUUAUGUAUAUUAAAUUUGUUUUUAUUCACCAAAAUUAUGUAAGUACAAUAUGUUUUUUAACCAAAAUUAUGUUAGUACAUUUUUUUUAUUACGUUUUUAUUCACUAAAAUUAGAUUUGUACAAUUUGUUUUUAUACACCAAAACUAUGUCAAUAUGAUAUAUUUCUUUUAACCAGAAUGACAAUUUAAUCAGUUGUAUUUUUUUUUAAUCAUCAUUGAUGUGAAGUUUUACGUGUAUGUUUUUCUUGUUGUUGUUUAUAUUAUAUUAUCGCAGAAAUCCACAAAAUCGGCAGCUAUAGGUAGCAUACAUUUUACUUUUUAUACGGAUGCAAGCAUAACAAAAAAUCCAAAGAUUUAUAUCACUUGUGUCGUCCAAAGUAAUAAUGCUCUUGGGUGUAAAUGUACAUAUAUGUAGAUACAUGUGAUCAUUUGCGACUUUUUUGGUAUAAAGUGUAUUCCUCUCUACAAGAUUAACAUGUUAAGUACAUUUUGUAUGAUAUAUAAUACCUGCUGAAUAUACAAACCAUGUUCUGAAGACGUGCUAUUAUUCCUAGAGAAAAAUGCUAUUGGUGUUGAGAUUUCAAGUUAAGUACAAUGUUUGAUAAAACAAUUAUUUGAAUCAAUAAUGUUUUGAUUUAUUGUAAAACAUAUCGGAUUUGUACGAAAUUUGGCUGUAUAAAAAUACUGUUUAGCAUAAAGCAAGGUUAUCGGACAAAUGAAGUUUGCAGUGUGAAUAAGGCAUACUAAAUAUACAUAUGUGUUACUUUUAAAUUCUUUUUACAGUUUUUGACAAGCAUUUCCUCGGAUUGAAUUGUCCUCGCCAUUCAUUUUUUAAUUUGUGAUUUAAUUUUUAUAUUUUCCUAUCCAUUUAAAAAAAUUUAAAGAAAUGGAAUGUUGCACAAUAGAAGAAAAAAAUCUUCAAAAAAAGGUACUGGUUCUGUUUUAACAAUAAUUUAUAAUGCUGAAUUCCUGCAUAUUUUGUACAAGGAAAUGCAUUAGCAAAAAUCGAAACUCUUGAGCUGGCUUAUUAUCAAUAAUUGAUAUCCAACUUUAAAAAACAAAAUCAAAAAUCUACAACACCUGUAAUUUAUUUUUCAAAGAGAAUAGAAGAUAAUGUUAACAAUAAUUCUGAUAAAUGUAUUUUUGGAUACAGACGUAGCUGAUUAUUGUCCUCCAAGUAAGAUAUGCACAUGUAUGUUUUUGUGUACUGAUGUAUUUAUACCAACAUUAUUUUUGAUUUUCAGCACCAUAUUGCAAUGCCUUUGUGGAUUAAAAAAUGCGAACAAUAAGUGAUGUAUAUAGUUGUAAAAAAUACUAAAAUCCACUAAUUUUUGCGAACAAUAUAUUGCUGUGACUUUUAACGUGAGAAAUAUAAUGUGACAAUAAAUAAUCGUGAUUUUUAAAAAAAUACAGGCAAAUGCAAAUAUGA